CCUUCAAUCCAUCAUCCCUUCCCAACCAGAAGAGAGAGAGUGUGUGUGAGAGAGAACAAUAAAAGAGUUGAGAAAAGAUGAACAGGAAAAAAACCCUUAUUUUCAAGAGAGCAUGGGACAACAUAUGUCUCUCCAUCAUCCUCUUGAGAAGAAAGAGAAAACAGAAUAAUCAGAAGCAACUCUCGAAGAAAAACCGGCCAUUGACGCUCCUUCACCACUACAACUACACCUUCAUUAGUGAAUACCAGUUCUCCUUCUCCCCCUCCAGCACUCCCAAUUUCCAUCACCUUCAUCGUCUCUUCAAGAAGAAGACAAACCGCAUCUUAUCAUUUCUCCUGUGUGGCAGUAGCUCAACUGAUGCCGAUCGAAUCACCGAAGAUGAGAAUGGAAUGCUCGGAAAUGCAAUGCUCCUGUAUGGUGAAACAGCUGCAGGUGAUGACAGAUCACGCAGAGCUCACAGUGAGGUUCUGCCUAUUGAUGCCAGUGAAGAUGAGUUUAAGGUGCAGGGAUUUGAUGAAACAGAGCUGAGUGAUGAAGAUGAUGAAUCAGUAGAUGGAAGAGCAGAUAGGUUUAUUGAGAAGUUUCAUGAGGAGAUGAGAAUUCAGAGACAGGAAUCAAUCAAGCUUUAUAGAGAUAUGCUCAUUAAGAGUUGAAUUCAGCUGCUUUUUUCUUAUCCAUUUUUGGU